AUGGCGGGGUUGGUGAUUACUCAAGUUAAGUUUUUGGGCAUAUGGGGGUUCAUGUUACUUGCAGGAAAGGUGCCAUCAGCUGAUAAGCAGCUCAAUGUCAACAAGAGACAGCUUUGGACUGCUCUAGACAUAUCCAUCGCCCUCCAUCCCUGGAACACCUUCAUGAAGUCCUCAUGCCCUCAGGCUCCAAUGAAUCUCCUGAUCAAGUCACCAACAGAGACAGAGCUGAGAGUCAGGGAGAUCCUGGAGAAGCUGGACCGGCAGAUCCCACCCAGACCCUUCACCCACCUCAACAGCACCACCAGUGCCAAGCACAGCACGGCCACCGUCCUCAACCCUCAACACACAUACUGCAGGGGGGACCAGCUGGACUUCCUCCUGGAGGCCAGGGACUACCUGGGACGCAGGAAGGAGUACGGUGGGGAUUUCCUGAGGGCCAGGAUGUUCACCCCAGCCCUGAAGGCAGGUGCUACUGGAAAGGUGACAGACUUCAACAACGGCACCUACCUGGUCAGCUUCACUCUGUUCUGGGAGGGUCCAGUCUCCCUGUCCAUCCUCCUCAUCCACCCCAGUGAAGGGGCGUCAGCUCUCUGGAGGGCGAGGAACCAAGGCUAUGGUAAAAUUACUUUCAAAGGUAAAUUUGUUAAUGGCACCUCCCAAGUCUUGGCUGAAUGUGGCCUGACCCUAAACUCAAGCGCUGAACUCUGCAAAUACUUAUACCGCAAUGGGGAAGAAGUCUUCUACUGCAUAAAGCCUCAACACAUGCCCUGUGAGGCCCUAACCCAUGUGUGUACCAGGCAGGAAGCAGUUUCUUAUCUCACUACGAAAGAAAAAAGCCUUUUCCAGAAGUCCAAAAUAGGAAUUGAAAUGAUGAAAGACCCUAAACACAUUGAUGUCUCCCGAUGCAACAAGAGUGAAAAUACAGGAGAGAGAUGUCAGAUUGGAAUGGAGACUCCGGUCCCUGGUGGUUAUACACUACAAGGAAAAUGGAUGACGGCCCCUUGCAGUCAGAUUCAGUUAGAUUCAAGUAAGAUAAAUGACUGUUUGAAAGGCAAGCUCAUUUACCUGCUGGGAGAUUCUACACUGCGCCAGUGGAUCGCCUACCUUCCUCGAGUCACAAAAACAUUAAAAUUUUUUGAUCUUCAUGGAACUGGACCUUAUAAGAAACAUUUGCUUUUGGAUGCUGAAAGGCACACUCGGAUUGAAUGGAAAAAACAUAGCCAUCCUUUUAUCACUGUUCAGCUCUACUCUGUGAUAGAUGACGGUUAUAUCCCUCAGGAAAUUGACCGGUUACCAGGCGACAAAGACACAGCCAUAGUCAUUACCUUUGGCCAGCACUUCAGACCCUUUCCUAUGGGCGUUUUCAUUCGCAGAGCCAUCAGCAUCCGAAAGGCUAUUGAGCGACUCUUCCUAAGAAGCCCUAACACUAAAGUCGUCAUUAAAACAGAAAAUGUUAGGGAGAUGUACCUAGACACAGAGAAGUUUGGAGACUUCCAUGGUUACAUUCAGUAUCUUACUGUGAAGUACAUUUUCAAAGACCUCAAUGUAGGCAUCAUUGAUGCCUGGGACAUGACCAUUGCAUGUAACACCAACUUUCUCCACCCACCUGAUGAGGUGAUUGGAAAGCAGAUUAACAUGUUUUUAAACUACAUUUGCUAA